AUGAGUCAAGGUACAGUUUAUGCGGUUUCUUGCUGCCUUCACAGCCCCGGAAACACUUACAACAUGGACGCCCAAGUUGGAGAGUCUUCGGCAUGUGCCACGGCGUUACUCUGCGGAGUUAAAGCCAAUUACGAGACUGUUGGCCUGGACUCGUCUGCACGUUUCGAGAACUGUAGUUCCUCUUUUGAUGCCCGUGUACCGUCCCUUAUCAAUUGGGCGCAGGAGCAGGGUAAAUCAACGGGCCUGGUCACGACCACGAGGGUGACACACGCGACACCAGCGGCUCUUUACGCCCACGCAGCCAACCGUUACUGGGAGGACGACGGCAAAAUGCCACAUAUUGCAAGGACCUUUUGCAAGGAUAUCGCACGUCAGCUGCUGGAGGACGAUCCCGGCCGUAACAUCAACGUGGUGCUCGGAGGGGGCCGGCGCCAUUUCGUGCCGAAGGUGACCCCGGAUCCGGAGGAGCCGGAUAAAGAUGGCAGACGAUUGGACGGAAGAAAUUUGAUCGAAGAAUGGUUAAGGAAUCACCGGCUACGUAAUGUGACCGCGGAAUACGUCGCCAACAAGGAACAAUUCGAGAACGUGGAUCCGCGGAAAGUCAACCAUCUGCUAGGUCUGUUUUCCUAUAACCACAUGGACUUCAACGUCGAUCGAAACACGAACGGAAGCGGCGACCCUUCGCUGGCCGAAAUGACGAUAAAAGCGCUUCGUGUACUGGCGAAGAAUCCCGAGGGAUAUUUCCUCUUCGUAGAAGGUGGCAGAAUCGAUCAUGCGCAUCAUCAUAACAACGCGUAUCGAGCACUGGACGAGACAUUAUCUCUGGAGGAAGCAGUAAGGGCCGUGAUAAAGGAAGUCGACUUAUCAGAAACGCUCUUAGUUGUGACGGCAGAUCAUUCGCAUGUACUUACGCUUGGUGGUCUCGGAACACGUCGUGGAAAUCCUAUAUUCGCCAGGUGUCGGAUGUUGAUGGACAACUGUAUACAACGUUGUUGUAUAGCAACGGGCCUGGGUACACGCAGCCGAGGAACAUUUCACGAAAGUCCGCGAAGGAUUCUAUUCAGAAACGAGUGCAAAGACAACAUUUACGAGAGGACGCAGUGGUCGGUGAUGAAGAAGCUGACCAACGCCAUCGGCGAAGACAUCGAAACGGCGCUGAAGAAAAUGGCGGACAAGGAUUUAAAAAUAGAGGCCAUCGAGCGAGAUCGCGAGAAGUCGAUUCGAGAGUUACAGACGAAUUUAAUGACGCAAGAGAAACGGAUGGACAUUUUGCAGGCUAAAAACCACGAACUGGAGGACGCGUUAGAAAAUGUGAAAGAAGAAGUCGAGUCGACGAAACAGAGUAACAUAACCGUGAAACGCGAGAACGAGACACUGAAGAAAACACUGGAAGAUUCGCGAAGACAGAUAUCGAACUUGACCGGUGGAAACAACAUUUUGCAAAGUCAGGUGGCUACGUUGUCACAGAGCAAAUUGGAGUUGGAGAAAACCGUGAUCAGACUGAGAAAGGAAAUCAUCGACACUCGCGAUGCGUGCCUCGAGACAGAACGACGUUCCCAGGCACUUUUGGACGAAUCGAGAAAGGAAAAUGACUCGGUGAGUUCGUUUCGCGAUCCGAUUACGAUUUCUUGUGUCGGAAUUGUGGUGAUCGUCAGAGUUGUCGGUCAAGAAGAGUUCUAUCAUCAAGCCGUCGAUCAUGAAGAAUUCUAUUUGUACUUGUUAACAAAUGAUUAA